AUGACUUCAGUUUUUGAUUCACCACCAAGAUUAUCAAGUAAUCCAAGUAGAACAAAUUUAUCAUAUCAAUCACCUAUAAGAGAAAAAUCAAAUUCAACUUUAUCAUUAACUUCACCAACAAGAUUAAAUGUUGUUCAUUCAGAUUGGGAUAAUUCUACAAUUCAUAAUAAUUUAAAGAAAAAUCCAUCAUUUACAUCAAAUAAUCUAACUAAAACUGAUCGUUUUAUUCCUUCAAGAUAUUCAUCAUCAAAUAAUAGAGUUUCACAAAAUGAUUCAUUACCUCCACCAAAUGCUUCCCCAUCAGCACAUAUUAAAGCAAGAUCACAAAUCAUUUAUAAACAAUCAGUUGCAGAUGCUUGUGGAUUAGAAGUUGGUCAAAGAAUUUUACAAUAUCAACCAUUACCUCCACAAAGUAAACAUUGUGUUCAAUUAAAUCAAAAUUCUCAAUUUAAUAAAAAUUCAAGAAGUGUUAAAUCAACAAUUGAUCCUAUAAGAUCAAGAAAAAUUUCUUCCAACCCUGAAAGAGUUUUAGAUGCACCAGGUUUUAUUGAUGAUUUUUAUUUAAAUUUAAUAACUUGGUCAAGUGAUAAUUAUUUAGCUAUUGCAUUAGAUAAUUCAUGUUAUAUUUGGAAUGCAUCAAGUGGUGAAGUUGCAUUAUUAACAGAAUGUGAUUUUGGUAUAUCAUCAGUUAGAUGGUCAGAAGAUUCUUCAUAUUUAUCUAUUGGUAAAGAUGAUGGUUCAAUAGAAAUUUGGGAUAUUGAAACAAGUUCUAAAUUAAGAACAAUGAAAACUCAAGCAGGUAUUAGAAUUGGUGCACAAUCUUGGUCAAAUCAUUUAGUUUCAGCAGGUGCCAAAUCAGGUGAAAUUUUUAUAAAUGAUGUUCGUAUCAAGAAUCAUAUAACAGAUGUACUGAAAAAUCAUGUUGGGGAAAUUUGUGGAUUAGAAUAUAGGAAAGAUGGAUCACAAUUUGCAUCAGGAUCAAAUGAUAAUACGGUUUGUAUAUGGGAUUCAAGAAGUUCAAUACCUCAAUUUACCAAAACCACACAUACAGCAGCAGUUAAAGCAUUAGCAUGGCAUCCAGAAAUGAAUUCAUUAUUAGCAACAGGUGGAGGAUCAUCAGAUAAACAAAUUCAUUUUUGGAAUACAACUACAGGUGCAAGAGUUAAUACAAUUUAUACAGGAUCACAAAUAUCAUCAUUACAUUGGGGGUCAUCAACAUCAUUUGGUAAUGAAAUUGUUGCCACUGGAGGUUAUCCAAAUAAUUGUAUUAGUGUUUAUUCAUAUGAUUACAAGAUUAAAGUUGCAGAAAUUGAAAAUGCACAUGAUUCUAGAAUUAUAUCUGGUAAUAUAUCACCAGAUGGAUCAAUAUUAGCAACUGUUGGUGGUGAUGAAAAUUUAAAAUUUUUUAAAGUGUUCAAUAAUACUAAAAAAUUAGAACAAUCAAGUACAAUUGCCAAUGGUAAAAACAUGUCUAAAAUCAUGACAAUAAGAUAA